CUUACCAAAAUAGUAAAUAAAAACAACGUGAAACUAAGUUUCAUUGGAUUUUUGCAUGAAAUGGAGAACAAGGAAACAGAUUCAAAGAAUUCUUCGUCAGAACAAAGGGUUGCAGAUAAAUCCAAGUUUAAGAAAAAAGUUAAGCGUUACUAUGACAUACAGUCAGAUGAAACCCAGGAUACAAAGAAAAAGAAAUCUAAAAAUAGAUCAGCCUUCAAAAUGAUGAGUUAUGCAAAUCCAGGGGAGGCGAGCUUGCCUCAGAAAGUGUAUAAAGUGGACAUUGCGCGGACAGACAGACACAGGGUGUGGGAAAAGAAGCAACAGCACAAACUUAACAAGUUGAUUAACAGGGAGAACAUGAGAACGAAGGAGGAUCCGUUUCCCGGGGAGAAGCCAGUUCCUCUGGAGACCAUACAGAAGUACAAGCGUGGAGACAACAUUAACAGUACUCACACACGGACGGUGCGUGGCUCCAAGGACCUGGCCAGACGUGAGAAGAAAGUCCAGUCAGCAGCGAAGGAGUCGGCACGCACAGAACUACUGCUGCAGGAGGAAUCAGGUUGCCUGCAAGCUGAGGAUGGGGAAGAUACAACCUCCAUAUCACAACACGACCUGGCUAAAGCAGUAGACAUCUCCAGUGCAGAAAAGUUUUUCGAGCUCAAACUGCCUGACUUUGGUCCAUAUCGCCUGAAUUACACAAGAAAUGGACGCUUCCUUUUGAUUGGUGGUCACAAAGGUCAUGUGGCUGCAAUUGAUUGGAUGACAAAGAAGCUGCUCUGCGAGGUCAAUGUCAUGGAAACAGUCAACGAUAUCAAGUGGUUGCACCAGGAGACCAUGUAUGCGGUGGCCCAGAAGCAGUGGACGUACAUUUACGACAACCAGGGUAUCGAGCUUCACUGCCUUAAACGUCUUGACUCUGUCCUGCGCAUGGAAUUCCUGCCCUACCACUUCCUCCUUGCCACUGCAAAUGCUAAAGGCUACCUCUCCUACAUUGACGUGUCUAUCGGAGAGAAGGUUGCCGGGUACGGAACACAGAUGGGUCGACUGGAUGUUAUGUGUCAGAAUCCUAGCAACGCUGUUGUAGCACUGGGACACUCAGGAGGCACAGUGACAAUGUGGUGUCCGAAGAUGAAGGAAGCUGCUGUGAAGAUGUUGUGUCACAGCUCCGGUGUCCGCUCCAUUGCAAUUAACAAGGAUGGACAUUAUCUUGCAACAUCAGGGAUAGAUCGUACGAUGCGUAUCUGGGACCUGCGUACAUACAAACAGCUGCAAUCAUACAAAGUGCGGAUGGGGGCGGGGCAACUGGCAUUCAGCCAAACAGGUCUAUUGACUGCCGGCAUGGGAAAUGUGGUCGAGGUAUACGAGGACUGUAUUCGACAGACAGUACAGAAGCCCUACCUGGUGCACCACCUGACCUCGUCAGUGACCGGUGUCCAGUUCUGUCCGUACGAGGACGUACUGGGCGUGGGACACAGUACCGGCUUCUCUAGUCUCAUUAUACCAGGAGCUGGUGAGGCGAACUUUGAUGCCCUAGAGAGCAACCCAUACCAGACGAAGAAACAACGCAAGGAGGCAGAGGUCAAGAUGCUUCUAGAAAAGAUUCCUGCUGAUAUGAUCCAUCUGGAUUCAAACGUCAUUGUUCAGGUCGACAAGAAAGGACUUGAAGACGCCAUUGAACAACACAAUCAACUGAAGCACUUAAAGCCCCAAAAGAUGGAAUAUGAGCCCCGAUAUAAGAAAAAGGGUCGCUCUAAGGGUCAGAAGCUUAUACAGCGGAAAAAAGGGGUUGUGGAGGAAGCACAACGGGAUCAGAUUCGGGAAUCCUUGAAUCAGCGUCAGACCGUGGACCGUGAAAGGGAAGUGACAUCCGCUCGAGAGACUGGGCAUGUGCUUGACCGGUUCAGGCGGAAAGACAAAACAUAGACUGGUUCUGAAGUUUGCUAGAUUAUUUCUGUAGGGAUUCAUCAAUUUAUUGUUACAUGUAAUUGUUAAUAAAGUAUGUGAAUCAUA